UUUGCCUCUAGUACCCGAGUUCUAGGUCCUCAGCAUGUCCGAGACUGCUCCAGCUGCCCCUGCUGCCGCUCCCCCCGCGGAGAAGACCCCGGUCAAGAAAAAGGCUGCUAAAAAGCCUGCGGGGGCUCGCCGCAAGGCUUCUGGGCCCCCGGUGUCCGAGCUCAUCACCAAGGCCGUAGCGGCCUCCAAGGAGCGCAGUGGCGUGUCCUUGGCUGCGCUCAAGAAGGCAUUGGCGGCCGCCGGCUACGACGUGGAGAAGAACAACAGCCGCAUCAAGUUGGGUCUCAAGAGUCUGGUGAGCAAAGGCACCCUGGUGCAAACCAAGGGCACCGGCGCCUCCGGCUCAUUCAAGCUCAACAAGAAAGCGGCCUCCGGAGAAAGCAAACCCAAGGCCAAAAAAGUCGGUGCCGCUAAACCCAAGAAGUCCGUCGGGGCCGCCAAGAAACCCAAGAAGGCAACGGGAGCGGCCACUCCGAAGAAAACCGCCAAAAAGACGCCGAAGAAAGCGAAGAAAACGGCGGCAGCCGCUGUGGCGAAGAAAGUGUCCAAAAGUCCAAAGAAAGUGAAGGCUGCCAAGCCCAAGAAGGCAGUCAAGAGCGCAACUAAAGCGGUGAAGCCCAAGGCCGCUAAGCCCAAAGUUGCCAAGCCCAAGAAGGCGGCGCCCAAGAAGAAGUAGGUUGGUAACAUCCUUCCUCUAAAACCCAAAAGGCUCUUUUCAGAGCCACCA